UCGAAUGAGUAGUUAAGGCCAGUUCCGCGCACAUGCGCAUUGGCGGUUUCUAUGACAACAGCUGUUGGAAGUUUUGGACAGAGUUUUGGACUAGUGUUUUUAACAUUUUUGUUUGGAUUUCUGUACUUCCAAUUUGCCAUGGCAGAUUAUUUUUUCAUAACAUAAUUUGAAUGUUUUCAUAAAAGUUAAAAGUAAUAUUUCAAGUUUAAGGAGUGCAUGUAGCUUGCAGACCAUGAAGUGUUUUAUCACUAGAUGUGACUCAGCGUCCAAUGGUUGGAACAUUAUUACUAAGAAGAAAGAAAAAUGCGAAAAAAUACCAAAAAGCCCCACGACAUGCGAGAAGGCUUUAAAGAGCUUCAAAAGAGACGAAAAAAUUCCGAAAUCUACCGCCCAGCCACUACCAGUAAUGCCCAUGAGAUAUCGGAAAAGAAGUAUGUUUAAGCCUCCUUCGAUGAAGAUGUGGCGAAAAGGGAUUUUUCAAAGUGAAAUAUCAAAAUUAAUAACAUUUUUCCGUAUGAGGUCGUUUUUGGUAGAAAAUGGAUCUUUUCUACUGGAAAACAACUGCCCCGUUACAAAUGAGAAGAUGUUAAAAGUGUGGCAAAGGGUAAUUCCGGACCAGAGUAAAGAACUCAAAAUGAAUCAUGUUUUGUGUGAAUUACAUUUUAAAAAUGAAGACAUUGAAAGGGACCGUGUUGUUUAUAAGAAAGGAGGAAUAGUAGAACGUGAAGUAAGAAAACAUCCGAUAUUAUAUGAAGAAGCUGUUCCAUGCUACUUUUCUAAAAAUUUAAGACCACGAUUACGAUCUCGAGUAGAUGAAGGUUGCGCUGUAUUAUUUGAAAUACCUGCAAAUUUUUCGGAAGAAUUGAUGAAAGAAUGUGAUAAAUUGGCAGCAAAGAAACUUAUAAAAGAAAGGGCGUAAAACCUGUAAAGAGGUUCUCGUAAAAUAAUCUAAUUAUGAUCAUAAUAACUAUGUUUUACUUUUAACUAUAUGCUUUUAAGUAAUUGCCUUGGAACCGCGGCCCAGCCUCAAGUUUGAAUUGUCUCAUUUCAAUCCAAAAGUACUACAAAGGAGGCAAUUCGGUUUUGAGGUUAAGUCCUGGUUCCAAUUCGUAUAAAUUUAUACUUCCAAAAACAAUCGUGUACAUUACUUCUGAUUAGUUGUGCUUCCACGUGAUCUUACAAAAACGUAUACGGGUGAUUGCCAAAUUUCAGGCAAACUUUAGUACAUAAAGUGUUAGUCACAUUAUCAUUAGGAAUAUCAUAUUUAACUACCAAAGUUUAUUAUAUCGCAUUUAAAAUUUUUAAAUCCAAAAGGGGAAUUUCUAAAAAUAAGAAAUAAUAAUUAAAUUCGUACAGCAAAUGUGGAAAGCGGAUUUGAGGUUAGGAGUUUGUUGAAAAAGAGCGCGGGCCUUUAAACAGUUUAAAAACUGUGACCCAUGCAAAUCAGGGUUAUGAACAAUGAAACGUUUCAUUGUAACAUUGAAACUUUCAAA